UCUCUGCGUUCGCGGGCGACUUCGGCCUCGUGGCCGCCGACAUUUUCUCUGCGGGCCCGCGGACGCUGGCCAUUUCAUUGUUCGGCCUUGCGUCUGGCCUCGUUCCGAACGUUGCCAAGUUGGCGAUCAUCUCGACGGGGUCGUGGCCAAGCUUGAUUAAGGUCUUCCGCGGGUUCCAGGGCCUAGGUCUGGAGUUGCAGGCUGGUUCCCCUGAGAUUCAGCGCCGGGCCGCGCGGCCCCUUGCUGUCCGCAACUCCGCUCUGUUCCACUCCCUCAAGGACCUGAUGGAUGCCUCCCUCGACUCCGCCGA